AUGUCGGUUGCUUUGAGUUCAAUUUCGAAAGAGAGGGUGUAUUGGGAGGGUCAACCAGAACAUUGUUCUGUUGAUCCAAUCCUGAUUUACCUUACUGUUGAUAGUGUUGUUACGCCGAUGCGGGUUUUGGAGUCGGAUUCGAUUGCUUCUGUGAAAUUGAGGAUUCAGCAAUGUAAAGGUUUUGUGGUGAAGAAACAGAAGCUUGUUUUUGGUGGCAGAGAGCUUGCUCGGAAUGAUACACUUAUUAAGGAGUAUGGUGUUGCGGAAGGCAAUGUUCUUCAUUUGGUUUUACGCCUUUCGGAUCUUCUUUUCAUUGUUGUUAGGACUGUUUCUGGCAAGGAGUUUGAGUUUCAUGUUGGUAGGCAUAGGAAUGUGGGGUAUCUUAAACAAAGGAUUAGGAAAAAAGGGGAAGGUUUUAUUGAUCUUGAGGAACAAGAGCUUUUCUGUAAUGAAGAGAAGCUUGAUGAUCAGAUACUAUUUCAUGAUAUAUGUAAAGGGGGUGACGGUGUAGUUCAUUUGAUUAUUAAGAAAUCGGUUAAGGUUAGGGCUACGCCUAUUCAUAAUGAUUUGAAUCUCUCUCUUGAGGCUUUGAUACCGCGUGAGAGAAGUGAUCAAAGAGAGUUACAGUUACAAGUAGAAGAGAAUAAGAAUAGGAACAAACCGAUUCAGAUAGGAAAGUUACCACACGGUGUUAGUUUCUGGUUGGAACCUAUUGCUGUGAAUCCCAAGAUCAGUUUUUUGCCUUUCCUUUGGGACAUGAUUAACUCCACAUAUGAGGGUUUGAAGAAAGGAAAUCGUCCUAUUAGGUCCUCGGAAGGAACAGGAGGGACUUAUUUUAUGCAAAAUUCGACUGGCCAGGAGCGUGUUUCAGUUUUCAAGCCCUUGGAUGAGGAACCAAUGGCUGUCAACAACCCAAGAGGCUUACCGUGUUCAUUGAACGGCGAAGGUUUAAAAAGAGGAACAAGGGUGGGAGAAGGAGCUUUAAGGGAGGUUGCAGCUUAUGUGUUAGAUCAUCCAAGGAGCGGGCCGCGAUUGGUUUCAGGUGAAGAAAUCGGGUUUUCUGGUGUUCCUCCUACUGUAAUGGUGCAGUGCUUACACCAAGAAUUUCACCACCCAAAUGGGUACGCUUGCUCAUCAAAACACAUCAAGAUUGGAUCGUUACAGAAAUUUAUGAAUAACAAUGGAAACUGUGAGGACAUUGGACCCGGGACCUUUCCCGUGGAGGAAGUGCAUAAAAUAACUGUGCUUGAUAUAAGAAUGGCUAAUGCAGACAGACAUGCAGGGAAUAUUUUGUUCAGAAAGGAGGCAUCUGGCCAGAUUAAGCUCAUUCCCAUUGAUCAUGGUUAUUGUCUACCAGAUAAAUUUGAAGACUGCACAUUUGAUUGGCUUUACUGGCCGCAAGCACUCCAGCCGUACUCACCUGAGACAGUUGAUUAUAUCAAUUCUUUGGAUGCCGAAAAAGACAUUGAAAUUUUGAAAUAUUAUGGAUGGGAUAUUCCACUUGGGUGCGCGCGGACACUUCGCAUUUCUACGAUGCUGCUCAAAAAAGGGGUUGAGCGAGGUUUUACUCCCUAUGCAAUUGGAAGCAUCAUGUGUCGGGAAAAUUUGAACAAGGAAUCUGUAAUCGAGGAAAUUAUAAGCGAAGCAGAAGAUUCCUUGCUUCCUGGCAUGGAUGAAUCAGCAUUUCUUGAAUCUGUCUCCCAAAUCAUGGAUUCCCGUCUCGAUAAGCUUGCGCAAUAG